AUGAAGUCCACCGAGCUGCUCAUCUGCAAGCUGCUGUUCCAGCGGCUGGUGUGCAGGACUGCGCAGGACUUCAAGACCAACCUGCGCUCCCAGAGCUUGGCUGUCAUGGCGCCGCAGGAGGCGUGUGAGGCCUACCUGGUGGGGCUCUUUGAGGAUACCAGCUUUUGUACCUUCCACGCCAAGCGCAUCACCAUUAUGCCCAAAGACAUCCAGUUGGCAUGCCGCAUCCGCGGAGAGAGGGCAUAA